AUGGGCAAUGGCUCAAUCGCUGAUACUGAUAUGUUGAAAAAAGUAGAACCCUUAGGUCAAGAAUUAGAUUCCUUGGAAACUCAAGUUGAAACCUACAAGUUACGAGAAGACUAUGCGCAAUUGAUCGCUCAAGCGCAAGCUAUUAAAACUGACUUUCAAAAUUUGCAAGUUAAAGGUGACAGAUCAAUUGCAAUCUUAAAAUCUUUGGUUAUCGAACGAGAACGUUGGGAAGCCACUAGUAAAACAUUCAGAGUCCAAAUGUCAACUAUUGUAGGCGAUGUCCUCUUAUCUGCAGCAUUUAUAGCUUACGUUACUUUGAUCCGCAUUCACGUCAGAAUUUGUUCACAACCUAGUGCCAGCACUUGA